UUUUGACAGAAACCACGUGAAAUUUCAAACGGUGUCAUCAGAAAAGAAAUGUCGUGAGGAAAGAUAAGGGACAAAAUGCAUCAGUUUUGCAUGUAGUAUAUAUAUAUUAGUUAAACAGCCUUUGAAAGCACAGGAGUUUUGUUUUUGAAAGUGUAAUACAAUACACAAUGAAGAUUUCAGAGGUGUUGAAUUGCAGCUUUUCUGCCUGGUACCCCAGGUUUAAGGAUUACACUAUUAAAAGCCAGAUCAUCCCUUUGCCUCAGGAAUUUAUAGAUUACUUAUUAGCUGAUCAAGUUGUCCUGCCAGAAGGGACACUUGCUAUGUCAGCAAGUGAUUCAGAUACAGAAGACAACAGAAAUACAGAGAAUGUGAUAGACUGGGCAACAGAAGAUCUUCUCACUCCAGUAGCAGAGCCUCCAAAUUUUCCAGAAUUUGAAACAUUAUUGAAGAACACUAUCAAACGAUUAGGUGGACAGGUAUUCCCCAAACUCAACUGGUCUGCUCCUAAGGAUGCCACUUGGAUAUCAUUUGACAGAACAUUGAAAUGUACAUGUACCAGUGAUGUUUACUUACUGUUGAAGAGUUCAGACUUUAUCUCACAUGAUCUCACACAACCAUUUAAGCAUUGCUGUGAUGAUGAAAACCUCAAGAAUGAAACCAAUGUGAAAUAUGAACUUGUUCUGAGGAAGUGGCAAGAACUCAAUCCAGCAUAUGAAUUCAGAUGCUUUGUCAAAGACAAUAUACUAAUAGGUAUAUCUCAGCGACAUAAUGAUAUGUACUACAGGUUUAUACCUGAAAACAGAAAGGAAAUAGUGUCAGAUAUUCAAGCAUUCUUUUAUCACAUUGUAAAAGACAACUUUCCAGACAAAAAUUAUUGUUUUGAUGUUUACAGAAGAUGUCAGGGAAAGUUGCUACUUCUGGACUUUAAUCCAUUUGGACAAGUGACAGAUGGACUCUUAUAUACAUGGGAAGAACUGGAGGGAGAUGAACUGUUCCAAGCUGAAGACUUACAACAACAUGUCCCAGAGCUGAGAUGUGUGGAGUCACCUUCUGGUGUGCAGUCUAAUCCAUAUGGAGCAUAUGCCUUUCCAAAAGAUUUCAUUGACAUCUCGAGUGGUGAUGAUCCAUCUAAACUUGUACAGUUGUUACAAUCGAAAGUACGAGAACAGAAUGGAGAAUGUUCAAGUGAUGAUGAGACAACAGAAUAUGAGGGAACCUGAUUUAAUUCGUGAUUAUAUUUUGUAAAGUGGAUAUUUUUAUAAACAUUAUAAAUGACUGAACAUAUGCCUGUUUUCCUUAUAUACAACAGGAAUUCAGUGUAGCAGGCUGGAAAUUGUCUUAGAGGCAAGAUUUUCAGUAUUUAAAUGAAAGUUCUUUUUACAAGACAGAAGUGAAAAAAAAUGUUGGUGUAAAUGUGAAAUUGAUAAGGAAUGAAUACUCUAGUAGUUUUGUUAUAUUAUCUGGACCAGUGGUAUCAUAAAGUCCAUUUAAUGUUUAUAUAAUUAUAAAAGAGUUCUGCUUAAGCCUCUGCUAGGGAUCGUGAGGCGUGUGGCAGAUUUCAUUAUCUCGUGAACAGGCUCGGUCAAAUCGAAUCCGUUAUUCUGUUUUGUUUUGUUGCCUUCUAUGCUUCCAAGGAAUCCUAUACAUGUUAUUUAUUUGAUGCAAAAGUGAAAAAAAUCCUUUUAAUAGUGUUUUAUUGAUUUAAAUUAAAUUGGGUGUGUUACACCAGAAAGGUGUACGCAUAUAGUCGUUCCAGUCGACGCAGACCUUAAUGUAAUCAAUUACAUUUUAAUUAGGAUAUUUGUUUGUUUUGCGUUAUCAUAGAUAUUAGACCGAAGGGUUUUGGGACCAAACAUUUAGUACAGUUUAGAGAAAAUAGAACAUUCUCUGUAUUAUUGUUGUUCGAAACUUGCAUUUGUUAAAAAGAAUUUAUAUAAUGUAAUGAAAUGGUGUUACUUAAUUUAUAAGAGACACUCUAUGACAGAAAUGCAGACGAUACUGACAAACCAGAACUUGCGUGGUUGUUCAAAAUAGGAUAAACAUAAAAUAUUUUUACAGGGUAGUUAAGCUCAAAAUUUAUUCAAGAAACAGACAGUCGCACAUAGCAUAAAGCUGCUGAUUUGUUUUCCGCCAAAUUUUGGUAUUAACAAAAAAAGGAAAUAAAUGUUCAAAGACAA